UAUUCGCCAAGCCAUAUGGCACCAUGUGUGACAAAAAGAUGUGAAAAUACAAGGCGGAAAAGGCCACAGAAGUGUCUGAAUGCAACUGCAUUCUGUCUGCCCACUUUGUGAUGGUGCAGAUUUUCUCAGUUUCAGCACAAACAGCAGAGUCACAACUCCAGUCAAAAAUAGCCUAUGAACAGAUGCCAUGCAGAAACAUUUAUAGUCAUUAGUUUCCAUCUUUGAAGCCAUGCUUAUUUAGUACAGUCAGCCGCUCAUCUCUUUAUGCAGUAAUGAAACCAGCAGAUAUCUGAGACAAAAGCUUUAGUGUUAAAGUUAUGCAACCUGCUGGAUGUGGCAUUACAAAAAAUAUGCAUUUCCCUUGUUAAGUCUGGAGAAGUCUGAGUGGAUCAGAGAGGGACAGUGAGAUAUUGCUGUGUAAGCACAAGUUUUUGCUAGAGUUUCGAUCUCAGACAGUUGCGAUCCAUUUUUGGUUGGCCCAACAAGCUGCUACCAGGGUCACUUCCUUAUAACUAAGUACACUGGGGCUUCUGCAGUCUGCUUUAAUGAAUUUCCUUUUCUUUUUUUUCAGUUUAGCCCAAACAAAUAUUUUAAUAUCACAGACCAUUCUAAACCAGAAAAACUACAAAAGAUUGGAUACUGUCUUUUACUGCAGAGCACAAAUCGAUGACUGUGUAAUUCUAAAUUCAGCAGAGGAUAUGUUUCAUAUACAGGAAACUGCAUCUAGAGAGCUCAAGUUAUCUGUAAAACCCUGGACUAGUAUAAGCCACACAUACUCUAACCUCUCACCCUCUCUAAACCAAGCCUAUAUAUACAGUGAUACCACUGAGAAACGGUUUCACCAGGCUCUUUUAAAUUAAGCCCUGCCUUUAAAUAGCAGUCAGAAAAAGAGAAGUGUGAAAAGAGCAGAGCGAUGUUGAAUGCAGAGCUGCAGAGGGGACUGUUCGUAAGGCUGAGAGGGUUCCUGUGGGGCUGUAUAGCAGCAGCCGCAUUAAGACAGGCUCUUCCCAGCUGGGUUCAGGGACAGUUCUGAAGGAGGAGUAUACAGUGGUGGAAGACACUUGGAUAGGAGUGGAAAAAAGAGGACUUUAUUAAGAGGACUUUAUUCAGAGGCUUUAUUAAGGGAAGUCAGAAGAAGGAAGGCAAACAUUUGUUGGCUGGUUUGCCGGCCAUGGGGAACCUCAUUAAGGUCCUUGGCAAAGAUUUAGAGAACUGUCCUCAUUUUUUCCUGGAUUUUGAAAGGGGAUCAUGGGAAAUCUCCUGAAACCGCUGGCUUGCAACGAACUGGAGCAUGGCUCAAUAAUUUUCCUUGACUUUGAACAUGCUCAGCCCACAGAGGCUGAGACAGCCGUGUGGAACCAGGUUAGUGCUGUGCUGGAAGAGGCCCAUGGGAUACUGGCAGAGUUACAGUCUUACAAUGGAGCAGGACAAGAAAUAAGAGAGGCGAUUCAGAACCCCAAUGACCUUCAGUUGCAGGAGAAGGCCUGGAAUGCAGUCUGCCCCCUAGUGGCCAAGCUCAAGAGAUUCUAUGAAUUUUCUCUCAGGCUAGAGAACGCCCUGCGCAGUCUUUUGGAGGCCCUCACUAGCCCACCCUACGCUCCCAUGCAGCAUCUGGAGAGAGAGCAGGCCCUCGCCAAACAGUUUGCAGAGAUCCUGCACUUCACGCUCAGCUUUGAUGAGCUCAAGAUGACAAAUCCAGCCAUACAGAAUGAUUUUAGUUACUAUAGGAGGACCAUCAGCAGGAAUCGGCUGAACAACCAGCAGUUAGAAGCUGAGAAUGAAGUGAAUAACGAAAUGGCCAAUCGGAUGUCGCUCUUCUAUGCUGAAGCCACACCCAUGCUCAAAACUCUGAGCAAUGCCACGACUAAGUUUGUGUCAGAGAACAAGACUUUGCCAAUUGAGGACACCACAGAUUGUCUGAGCACUAUGGCCUGUGUCUGCCGUGUCAUGUUGGAGACUCCGGAGUACCGGUGCCGUUUUACUAACACAGACACCAUGCUGUUCUGCAUGCGUGUGAUGGUGGGCGUCAUCAUCCUUUAUGACCAUGUUCAUCCAGUGGGUGCCUUUGCCAAGACCUCCAAGAUUGAUAUGAAGGGCUGCAUCAAGGUGUUGAAAGAGCAGCCUUCAAACAGCGUAGAGGGACUGCUGAACGCACUGAGGUAUACAACAAGACAUUUAAAUGAUGACAGCACCUCUAAACAAAUCAGGGCCCUUCUUCAAUGAGAGCAGGAGGAGAGUGAAAAAGAGCGACCGUAGAGAAAGAGACUGUCAGAGAACAUACGAGGGUGGCUGGCAAACCUCUGAAACCUGCUUGUUUACAAGAGCAAAAUGCAACUUGAUCUCAAAUUAAAUAAGAUAUUCUAGAAAAGAGAAAGGAAUAUGAAAAAAAAUAAUAUAUAAAUAUAUAUAUAGAGAUUGUUGAUGGUUCAUCAUCGUGUGUCAUUUUAUAAAAGCAGGAAAAAUAGAGAUAUAUAUAUGUAUAUUAAAAUUCAAAAAUCAAACAAAACUACCCGAUACAAAUACAAAGGUCUUACAAAAACAUAUUAAACUUUUAGGAAUCGAAUUCAAACACGAUAGGUAAAACCAUCAACAAAAUGCUUCAUAUUCCAAGUUACGUCUGAGAGUAUUUUUGCACACUUGAAAAGGAUUCCCACUUCACAGGAAAGACUUUAAUGUGGCUUGAAACCAUGAAUAGUUCAGAUCCAUUUUCAUGCGUUUAGACUUGAUUUGUAACGUCUUUGCCUCAUUAUCCUCGAUAUGCUUCAUCCAAUGCAUUCUGGGAAUCGUGGGUUUCCUGAUAAAACUGCAGUCCAUGGCAUUUUCUCUUUGGCACAAAGUCUGUUACAGAAUAAAUGUAAAGAUCACAUCCUUGAGACACAUCUUGACAGAAAUUAAAUGCGUACUAUAACCAUCCAGCUGUAUAUAUUUGGAAAGCACAGGAUAGUUUUGUAAAGAAAUGAAGCGUUUUGUUAGACUUCUUCACUAGUGCUGUACAGCAAUACUCUACACCAAGGUGACAACGGUGAACACAAUCAUUUGAAAUGCCUUCAUACCAAUGUAAUAGACGGUGGAUAAUGCUAACAGCUUGUCUGUGGAGGUUAAAGGCCAGGUGUACAUAUCAUGAGACAAACAAUACUUUAAAUAGCUUGAUUUUUUUUUUUUUUUUUGCUCUUGUAAAGUUUGGAUGCUAAACAGAGCGAAUAAGCCAUGAAACUGACAUAAAGUCAUAAAAUUCAGACGCAAACACACAUUCUGCCCUGUGCCAUAGCUGCUUCCCGUACCACUGCGUCUCAUUCAGUGUCCAGACGGAGCAACAUAUUACAAACAUCAUCUGUAGAAAGCGAGAAACAAACAAACCAAAUCAGACCAUUGUGAAAGACAACACAGCGAUGUGGAUUUGCUUUCCUCUGUAUCCAAAAGCAAAUCAUUGCCAAAUGAGAAUGCAACAUUGCCUUUUAGAUAAAUAGAAAUGAUGCACUGUGUGACGUUCGAGUGAUUCGUUUUGUCAUGAACACAAUCUAAAACUUGAGAUACAUUAUAUACACUCAGAAAACAACAGACUUGAAGCUGUAAAACACGGUGUAAAUAAGAGGAUUUUUCUUGUGUAAUCUUUAUGAGGCCUAAACAAAUGUUCAGUAUAGAUGUGAAAAAGAUGUGGGUUGAAAAACAAAAGAAUGAAUCAAAAAGAUUACAGUGACAAACGCAGUGCUGUACUUUGGGUGUCUCUCGCCAUUCGUCAAACUUGAUUUCUAUAUGGAGUUCUGUUGAAAAACAAAAGCUCUAUGAAUAUAUAGAUGGCAUGCUGUAAAAGUUCAGACAAGACUGUAAAUACGGUGUUUUUAUUCAUUUUUAAUUGUUCGGUGAAUCUGAAUUGGGUAUGUGUUGUCUCUAAGAAAAACCAUGCGUUUUGGCUUGGACCACUGGACUUGCCGUAGACAUUUGUUCCAGAUCAUCAACUUCAUAUCAGCGGGGAAUUCAAACAGGGCAGGGAGGAGGGUGGGGGUGGGGAUGUCCAUUUGCUUGUUAUUUUGUACAUUUUGUGCAAGAAAUAAACUUGUCAUUUACUACAUUCAA